AUGGCACCUGUUUGCUCACCAGGACAGCCACCGGCGGGAUCGAAGGAUCGGCCACUCUUACGUGACUUCUCACGUGACUGCUCCAAGCGAGGAAACCAAAGUCAUGGAGUGCUAAUGGAUGUGAAUUGUGAUUUUUUUCAGAGUGAACCAACAGCCUGUCUGAUGGCCAGUUCCUCGGUGCGAGAAAACGAAAAAGGCCUGAGCGUAGCCUACAGGAAAGAUCGGCGGUCCGCGGUCAAGAGUGAACCAACAGCCUGUCUGAUGGCCAAUUGCUCGGUGCGAGAAAACGAAAAAGGCCUGAGCGUAACCUACAGGAAAGAUCGGCGGUCCGCGGUCAAGGUAAUCUCUUGGUAA